AUGCGCUCAUAUCGAAGGUUCUCUUCGAGCCUAAGUCGAGCAGUUCAUCACGUUACUACUCCUAUCUUUUAUCCUAAUGCCAAACCGCACUUGGGCCAUUUGUAUUCCAGUUUGUUAUGCGACGCCUCUCGAAGGUGGCAGAAAAUGGUUGGCUUUCAAACGCUCAUGACCACCGGAACCGAUGAGCAUGGUCUCAAGAUUCAAACUGCAAGCGAAGCGCAAAAUUUUGCAUCGCCAAAGCAGUUUGUUGAUGUCUUGUAUAAAGAGUUCAUCAAGUUAGACCAAAAUGCCGAUAUUGAAUAUAGCAGGUUUAUCAGAACAACCGAUCAAGAUCAUAUUGACAACGUGCAAAAGCUGUGGAAGCUAUGUGAGGAUCGUGGUUACAUUUACAAAGGAGAACAUGCGGGUUGGUACUCAAUUUCUGAUGAAUCAUUCUAUCCUACGUCUAAAGUGGUAAAAGUGGCCUUGGAUGGAACUAAAUCUCCACUGGAACCGGGCCAAACGAGCGGAAAUUGCAAAUUUAUCAAUACAGAAACCAACAAUGAAGUCAUAUACCAAUCGGAAAUAAAUUAUUUUUUCAAGCUCUCUGCUGUCUACGACCAGUUAGUUCAUUUUCUCGUUGAAGAACGUCCUGAUUUCAUAUCACCCCAAUCAAGACGAUCUGAGAUCCUAAAAGAGCUUUUGAGCUCACCAUUGAGUGAUCUUUCGAUUUCUAGGCCAGCUUCAAGGAUUAGAUGGGGAAUAGAUGUGCCUCAAGACUCUUCUCAAAAAAUUUACGUUUGGUUUGACGCACUCUGCAAUUAUUUAACUUCCUUGGGUGGCAUUGAUGCGAUUCGAGACAAUACCUUAGUCGAAUUGAAACACACCGGAUUGAGUUCAACAGACUGCCCCGCAAAAUGGUGGGAAAAUACGACCCAUGUUGUUGGAAAAGACAUAAGCAGGUUUCAUGUGAUAUAUUGGCCAAGUUUUCUCAUUGCUGCAGGACUCAAGCUGCCGAAAAAAGUCAUGGUUCAUGGUCAUUGGCUUUCAGGUGGUGUCAAGAUGAGUAAAUCUUUGGGAAACGUAGUAGACCCGCAAGUGAUGCUAUCGCAUUAUGGGAGUGACAUUUUGAGACUGUUUCUUCUGGAAAAUUCUCAUUUGAGCAGUGAUUGUGAUUUCAGCGAGGAAAGGCUUCAUAAUACCAGUGAGAAGCUAGCUUCGAAAUGGGGAAACUUAAUAAGCAGAUGCUGUGGUUCAAAAUUUAGCUUAGAGCGAGCUUCAAGGACUUUUGCUAGUAAGCCUUUCGAUAAGUUUGAGAGGAUAAUUAGUGAUGCAGAAGCACGAAAGGCUUACGGCAUGGUAAUUAAUGGUCUUUUAAAAUUGAAGGGAGAAUAUUCUAAGAGAAUGACGAAUUUUGAUUAUCGCGGGGCCAUUCUGCUCGUAUGGGACCUUAUUGACAAAGCGAAUAACUUCUUGCAAAUAGCCAAGCCCUGGACGAAAACAGGUGAGGAGCAAGAUCUGAUCAUAUUUACUGCAAUUGAGGCCGCCAGAAUUUCAGCCGUUCUUUGUCAUCCAAUCAUUCCCGGUCUGUCAGCAAAGUUUUUGAACAGAAUAGACGUUGAACCUGAGAAGAGAACCAUAGCAUUCGCAAGCUUUGGGAGUGAUAGUACUUAUGGCUGUAAGUCAAACACAAGGGGCAGAGAAUUGCCCUUCGCAAGGAUCCCCCGGCGGCCAGAUUUAUAG